CCAGCAGCACUGCAGCUCUGUCUGGAAGGUCAAACACAUGAUGGCAGCACCGAAGAAAGUCUGUGUCAUUGGCUCUGGUAACUGGGGCUCUGCCAUUGCCAAGAUUGUUGGGGCCAAUGCAGCCAAACAUGACACGUUUGACACAAAGGUGAACAUGUGGGUGUUUGAGGAGACAGUGAACGGCCGUAAACUCACAGAAAUCAUCAACACAGACCACGAAAAUGUGAAAUACUUGCCCGGUCACAAGCUGCCCCCCAAUGUGGUGGCUGUUCCAGACUUGGCUGAGUCUGUUAAGGGGGCCGACAUCCUGAUCUUUGUGGUCCCCCACCAGUUCAUUAUGAGAGUGUGUGACACCAUCAAAGACCACAUCAAGAAGGACACCAUUGGAAUGUCUCUCAUCAAGGGUGUUGACGCAAGUCCCGACGGUCUGAAGCUGAUCUCUGAGGUCAUCCGAGGGAAGCUGGGCAUCACCAUGACAGUCCUCAUGGGGGCAAACAUCGCCAACGAGGUUGCUGACGAGAAGUUCUGUGAAACAACCAUCGGCUGCAAAGCUAAAGGACCCGGACCCAUGUUGAAGGAAUUGAUGCAGACCACCAACUUCCGUGUGACUGUGGUGGAGGAGUCUGAUGUUGUGGAGAUCUGUGGGGCGCUCAAGAACAUUGUCGCAGUGGGAGCAGGAUUCUGUGACGGUCUGGGAUUCGGCGACAACACUAAGGCGGCAGUGAUUCGUCUCGGCCUGAUGGAGAUGAUUGCCUUCGCUAAGAUCUUCUGCACAGAGUGCCCCGUCUCCCCCGCCACGUUCCUGGAGAGCUGCGGUAUCGCUGACCUCAUCACAACCUGCUACGGCGGACGCAACCGCAAGAUUGGAGAAGCUUUUGCCAAAACAGGCAAAACCAUUGAGCAGUUGGAGAAUGAGAUGCUGAACGGUCAGAAGCUUCAAGGUCCAGCAACUGCGACUGAGGUCCAUGACAUCUUGAAACAGAAAAAAAUUGUGGAAAAGUUUCCUCUUUUCACUGCUGUUUACGAGAUCUGCUUCAACAAGCAUCCAGUCAAAGAGUUCAUCAAGUGUUUGCAGAAUCACCCAGAGCACAUGUAAAGUACCAACUUCAGGACUGAUAAAUGCAUGUUGGGAAAGACUUUUACACUGGAACCACUGUAUUAACCCAGGUGAAUUUAGGGGGGCAGGUUGUGCCUGAACCUGACUCCUGGGUCACAAGCAGAGAAAAAGAAAGAAAAUGGAGCGUGCAGAGUUGCCCUCCAUUUAACUGAGCUGCUGUGUUGAAAUACUGUUAUUACAUUACAUAAUUCCUGUUCUCAGCUCUUUUCACUGAUUAUAAAACACAUACAUGUCACCAAUUGUAGCAUAAAUCCUCCAAGUCUUAAAAAAU